AUGGAAGAACGUGAUAAUCAUUUGGCCAGUCGAUAUGGUAAAUCAGUUGAUGCUGUACAUCGACUUGCUGGUCUAUUUCAAAUUAUUGAAUUAGCAUCAGAUAUGCUCACAAUAUUUGUUGAAAGACAUGAAGGCUUUGAAGAUCAAUCUGCUUCCAAUGAUUUUGUAGUUAAAUGUGAAUCAUUAUUUACUGAGAUUUAUGACUCAAAUAUUGAAAAUAAUCGACGAUUUUUUAUACCCAUUGAUGUCGUCGAACGAGCAAUCGAUGUUAUUUCUGGUAACUUAGAACAGUACAAGUUAUUGAUGCUUAUUCCUCAACAUGAAGGAAUUACUUUUGUUCCAACUUCAAAUAAGCCAAUAGAUUUAUCAAUGGAAAUUAACAUGAACAACAAAAAAGCUAAAAAGUAUCUGAAAUUUAGUAAAAAAUCGGUACAAAUGGAACAAGAAAUAUUACUUUUUGAUUCGGUUUUAUUCACCUUGAAAACUCUCUAUGAAUGUCGUUUAUUGAAAAAUGAUGCAGCUGUACUCUGA